UAACCUCAAACAAACAACUAAACUUUUUCCGGAGUGCUCGCCGUCGUUAGUUUCAAAACUCUAGUGUUUUCUGUUUUUACUCACUUGUUUGUCACUUAAUUUUAUACAGCUUAUUCCUGUAAGUCUCAGCCUUUUUUAUCACACCUUUUCCUGAAAUUUUCAAUGGCGCUUUUACUGCAGAACAUAAGUCGACUCAGUCAAUCACCUAGAUUAGUUGUUUCAAACUUGUCACCAAUGCAACAGCGCUUUCGAGCUCGUAAGGGAACGAGAGAGCGGAAAGAAAAAAAGAAAGUCAAGAAAGAAGUGAUCAAGCAACCAUGGAUGCCCAUCAAAAAAACAAAAACCAAAGGUGUUGUUGUCUCUCCAAGAGUGAAUGAUGAGUUGCUAACAGAACCUCCAGACAAUGUGUGGUUCCUGAAGGAUUACAAGAGGCCUGUUUAUUCCUUUGCUGAAGCUUUAGGCAUGAUAAGGGAAGUGCAUCAUCCAACAGUAUAUAAUCAGCCAAAAAGUCUGGUGAAUGCUUACAUCGAAUUGGAUCUGAGAACUGCUAAGAAGACCAAAUUUGUUGAGCGUUUUACAAGAUUGGUUGGGAUUCCCUAUCCUUAUGAUCAUGGUGAAGAGCGCACUGUGAUAGCAUUUUGCAAAAAUCAGGAGAUUGUAAGAGAAGCAAAUGACGCUGGUGCUCAAAUGGCCGGUGGCACGCAACUCAUCAAAGCAAUCGAGAAAGGACAAAUAAUGCUCCCAGAUUUUCAGUUCGUGGUUGCUCAUCCAGAUAUUGUUCCAGAGCUUGUUUCUCUUCGGUAUUUAAUGAGGAAGAAUUUUCCAAGCUUGGCACAUGGUACUCUGAGCACCGAUGUUGCUGGACUGGUGAGAAAGUGUAUGACUGGUGUGAGAUACUCAAGCAUGAAGCACGAAAUUGAACAAGACUAUGGAUGGGUUGACACUCCGCUGGGGCGUAUCAGUAUGGAGACUCCACAUUUAGAAGCAAAUUUAAUUGAAUUGCUCAAAGAUAUUGAGGCCAAGAAACCUAGGCGGGACAAUCCUUUUAUCACACGGGUCAUGUUGUCGACUCCGCUCUUGACUGAGAAGUUAUGGGUCGAUUGGAAAAAGUAUUUAGGAGAGACGCCAGAACUAGACUCAGAUGAUGAAGAUGAGAAAGAAGCUGCAGUCUAAACUGUAUAAAUUGCUGCAUUUACAAAUUUUGAGGCCGCUUUGUUGAUCAAACUCCCUGCGCGUCUUCUAACUGCCACUGGAAUGCGAACUUUGUUAGUCAUGACAUUUUGAAGCCUUCCUUGAUUGGAAAAUAUUAUUAAAUCUACAUGAAGACUCUAGAACGGGUGGUAUUUACCAUGUUAACCAUGUUGACACGGUCUGUAAGCCUUCUCAGUAGUUCUCAGUUGUGGCCUGAUUAUUGAAACUAUGUUCCUACGACAAAACAAGACAUAGCUCUAUCUUCACUAUGCAAUAUAUUGCAUUUUGAUAUCUUAUCAGGCUGCUUUACACUUUCACUAAUCAGCCUGCUGGGCACCAUUAUAUCGUUUCAAAUUUUUAAAAGUUGAACCCAAAAUACCAAAAUGUUUCCAAAACAUUUCUUGUGUUUCAAUGAGCCAAUUAUUUGUGUCACAGAUUCAUCUGUAGAAGGUUGCAGCUCUUAUGUCAGUAACUAAGUAAACCUCGAGUUGCCUCACCAAGUAUUUACAGAGAUAUGUAUUGCUUCUCAGAGAAACAACUGUUAGGAUGCAGAUUUCAUAAAAUUGUCUGGUGUGCAGCCUUAUUCUUUCAUGUUUUGUUAUGCAUGCAGGAGUACUAGCAGAGAUUUCUUUUUGAAGCUCGAAAGUUUUAGUUUGAGUGCGAUCUAGUUGAAAAAUUAGCCUUAUUAACUCGAAUUAUUUUAUUUGAAUCUGGGAUCCUCUUUUUCAAUGUAACAAAUUUCCUCAUUCCUAGAACUGGUUUUUCCCCACUCUUUUUGUUGAAUUUUUCAUUUUCAUUGUACAAUUGUAAAUACGCAACUUUAAUAUAUGAAGUACAAAAAAA